UAUAGGUUGUCAAUUGUCAUUGUGUUUGUUAUAAUUUUAUUGCAAUUUACAAUCCAAAAUUGCAAGUAACCGUGCUUCAGUAAUCAAAACUUGUAUCUCAUUUGAAAGAUAUUGAAACAAUAACUUCUUUUACGCCGACGACAACGUUAGCUAUUUUUUAAUAAAUAUUUUAAAAAAUAAUAAACAUGGAUCUAAUUGAUAAUUCUCUUGGUAACUAUGCCAUUUUAGGUGCUCACACUACCAGGCCAAAGAAUUUUAAAGAAAUUUAUCAUCCUGUUCAACAAAACCUGAGAAAUUAUAAAGCAAAAGAAAAUAGAACUCUAGUUAAAGGCUUGAUGAUCACACAAGGAAUGCACAUGCCCCUGCGUUUAGCUAUGGAACAAAAAGUGUUUGAAAGUGUUGGUCGUCUACCAAUUUUGAAGUCAUCUAAUUUACAUGCUGAAGUAUUGAAUGACACUCUUGAUACAGUCACUGAACGUGAUUACUUAAACCCAGCAGAAUACAAUGAAACAUUAGUUCCAUCAUUUGUAAUUAUGGAUAAAGAUUUGAAAAUUUAAUUUAUAAGUUAAUGUUUAUAAAAAAAAUGUAAGACAUUGUCAAUAAUAUUUUUUCUAUUA